CAGGCAGCCUCGAGAGCGGCCGCGGCGCCACGGCGGGGAGCGAGGCGGCACCAUGGAGCUGAAGAAGGACAGCAACGCCGUGUCCAUCGACAUGCUGCUGAUCGUGCACUCGGAGAAGCGGCGCGCCGCGCAGGGCACGCACUCGGACCGGCAGGCGGACCUGGGCGCGCUGCCGCAGCGCAGAGGAGGACUCCAGGGCAUCGGAAACGGAAUCCGGAGAUGGCAGAAAUUCGAAGGAAGUGACGUGCAUGGGACACAGCUGACUGUGGAGGUCCACCCCCAAGAUGCCAUGCCCCAGCUGCUCAAGAAGUUCUCCUUGGCUAAACGCUUACAAGGUGAUAAAAAUGGAAACACAAGACCCCGGCAGCCUGGAGCAAAAGAUGCCCAUGCCUACCCCUGGGAUCGGUCCAGCCUGAAAUCCAUGCCCCUGGACCUGCGGCAGUUUGAGAAACUGGACACCUAUGCCUCACAGGUGACGGUCAAGAAUGGCCUGGACGAGCUGGUGAGUGACCUGCUCCAGGAGGCCCACAGUGACCUGGAGAGGGUCCGCGUGAUCUGGAUCUGGAUCUGCCACCACAUAGAGUACGACAUCGAGGCUGCCCAGGAGAAGGACCGCCAGGCCUUCAAGCCCACUGACAUCCUGCGGACCCAGAAGACCAAUUGUGACGGCUAUGCUGGACUCUUUGAGAAAAUGUGCAGGACCGCCGGAGUGCAGUGCAUGACUGUGCCUGGCUACUCCAAGGGCUUUGGCUACCAGACGGGGCAGAGCUUCUCGGGGGAGUUUGACCACGCCUGGAACGCCGUGUACCUGGAGGGGAGAUGGCACCUGGUAGACAGCACCUGGGGCAGUGGCCUGGUGGAUUCUACCACCUCCAAAUUCACCUUCCUCUACAAUGAAUUCUACUUCCUCACCCAUCCUGCACUGUUCAUCGAGGACCAUUUCCCAGACAACAAGAACUGGCAACUGCUAAAACCUCCUCAAUCCCUGAAGCAGUUUGAGAGCAACAUGUAUCAUAAGAGUGAAUUCUACAACAAGGGAAUGCUGAGUGCCCACCCAGAGACUUCUGUGAUCAAAACAGUGAACGGGAAGGCCACCGUCACCAUCGAGAGCUGUGCCCCGACACUCUUCAUGUUUAUGCUCAAUGGCAAGCAGGAGCAAGGGCUGCUGAGCCUCAGGAAGAACGGGAUGAAGCUGGACAUAUACCCUCCAACGGUGGGCACCCACAAGCUGCAGAUCUUUGCCAAAGGCAACUCUGACAUCUACAGCUCAGUGCUGGAGUACACGCUCAAGUGCAACUACGUGGACAUCAGUGUCCGGCUGCCGGCUGAGCUGCACCAGCCCGUGGGCCCCAGCUGGUUCUCGGAGCAGAUGGGCAUCGUGAAUCCCUCCCACCCCGACCCCAUCAUCCACACCAGCGACGGGCGCUGCUCGGUCAGCUUCGGCGUGGAGGAGGGCAUCAGCGUCCUGGCUUCCCUGCAUGGGGAUGAGGGCCCCAUCACUGAGGAGACGCAGCGACGCUACAUCUUCCAGGUGCAGCGGCAGAAGCGGGCAGAGCUGAAGGUCCAGCUGCCCCAGGCCGGCAAGUUUGCCCUCAAGAUCUUUGUCAAGAAGAGGCUGGAGCCAGGCAACUACGUCUUCGUCUUCAAUUAUCUCCUGUGCUGCACCAACACCAAGGUGAACUGGCCCAUGUUCCCCGAGAGCUUUGGCAACUGGGGGCAGGACAAUGAGCUGCUGGAGCCUCUGUCGGGCGUGCUUCCUGCCAACCGGAACAUCCCAUUCAAACUGAAGCUCCACGGCAUCGCCAAAGCCCUGGUGAAGGGGCAGGACACAUGGCCCCUGACCCUGAAUAGAGAGGGCUACUGGGAGGGCAGCUGCAGCACGGCCGGCUGCCACGAGAUCUACGUCAUGGUGCUGGAGAAUGCCAACCACAACUUCUACUCCUACAUCCUGAAAUACAAAGUGAAUGCCCAGUGAUGCCUGGUGCCCCCCGGCCACCCCCUCCCAGAGGGCCGAGGCCAGACUUGCCCAGGGAGGGCCCAACGGAAGUGCGGAGAGCCCUGGACACCACCAAGUCUGCAUGCAGUCUCUUCGAGGCCUCUGCCUCAGGCUCUCUGCUCUGCCACGGAGGCGGGGAUGUUGGCGUUCCCAUGGCUUCACCCGGGUGUGGCCGUGGCCCAGGGGACUGAGGCGAAGGCCCUUUAGAAGACAAAGGUGCUAUGUAAAUCCAAGGUAUUGUAAAGGGUACACCACUGCCCAGACACCCCCUUCGCGUAGUAAUGCUGUUGUUGUCUUUAUAGGGCUGAUGUGGGGAAGCAGGGAGGUUGCCCAGACAGAAAGCUUUUUCACGUGAUGAUGAGAGAAUUCUCCUCCGUGCCCAAGAGGGACCUGAUCUGCAAGGCUGAGUCAUCCUGAAU